AUGGCGACGGUGGAGGAGCAGAAGACGGUGUUUGACAUGGAUGCAGCGAAUAUGUUAAACAAGGAACUGAGAGACGUUUUUGCUUCUGGUAAAACAAGAAGUUAUGAAUGGAGAAUAUCUCAGUUGAAGAGUAUUAUUAAGAUGUGCGAUGACCACGAGGAGGACAUUGCUGAUGCUCUCCGUCAAGAUCUCUCCAAGCCUGAACUUGAAUCCAUCGUCUAUGAGUUAACUAUGCUAAAAAACUCUUGUACAUUGGCUCUUAAAGAACUGAAACAUUGGAUGAUGCCAGAAAAGGCAAAAACUUCUUUGACAACUUUUCCUUCAUCAGCUGAAAUAGUAUCAGAACCACUGGGUGUUGUGUUGAUUAUUUCAGCAUGGAAUUACCCUUUCUUGUUGUCUCUGGAUCCACUUGUUGGAGCUAUUGCAGCAGGCAAUGCUAUGGUUUUAAAACCAUCAGAACUAGCUCCAGCUUCAUCCUCACUGAUGGCAAAACUACUUCCAGAGUAUUUGGAUAGCUCUUCGGUAAAGGUUGUCGAGGGGGCUGUUUCUGAAACUUCUGCACUACUGGAGCAAAAGUGGGACAAAAUAUUUUAUACAGGCAAUGGAAGAGUAGGACGGAUUGUCAUGGGUGCUGCAGCAAAACACCUGACACCAGUUGUUUUGGAGCUUGGAGGAAAAUCUCCAGUUGUUGUCGAUUCAGAUAUCGAUAUGCAGGUUGCAACUAGGCGGAUAAUUGUAGGCAAGUGGGGGUGUAAUAAUGGACAAGCAUGCAUUUCUCCGGAUUACAUUAUAACAACGAAAGAUUGUGCUGAGAAGCUGGUGGGCUCUCUGAAAAAAGAACUAGAAACAUUUUAUGGAAAGAACCCUUUGGAAUCAAAAGACUUAUCUCGAAUUGUGAAUUCCAGUCAUUUUGCUCGAUUGACAAAGCUACUGGAUGACGAUAAGGUUUCUGGGAAGAUUGUCUAUGGUGGUGAAAGAGAUGAAGCCAACCUGAGAAUUGCUCCCACCAUAUUGCUGGGCGUCCCACAAAACUCUCUGAUAAUGAAAGAAGAGAUAUUUGGUCCUUUGCUUCCCAUUUUCAUUGUCAGCAAAAUUGAGGACAGCUUUGAUAUGAUAAAUUCAGGAACAAAGCCACUUGCAGCUUAUUUAUUUACCAAUAACAAGAAGCUGAAGGAGCAGUUUGUGAUGUCUGUUUCUGCAGGGGGUGUGGUCAUAAAUGACAUUGCUUUGCAUCUUGCAGUUCAUAGUGUGCCAUUUGGAGGUGUGGGCGAGAGUGGAACAGGUUCAUACCACGGCAAAUUUUCCUUUGAUGCUUUUACCCACAAGAAGGCAGUUCUGUAUCGAAGUUUUGUUGGUGAUGCAGCUGUGAGAUAUCCACCAUAUACACGGAGAAAGCUAACAUUGAUGAAGGCUCUAAUCACUGGUAAUGUAUUGACCAUACUUCGCGCUCUGCUUGGCUUGUCUUAA